UAUGCCUUCAAUUCCGCUACCAGCAGAUAGCACUUGGAGAUACGCUUGAAAUAUUUGCAGCUAGUCGUCUAUUGGUAGAGAUCGUGAAUGGUUUGGAGUUAAGAAAUAAAAAAGCGCGCGCGAAGAAAACCUAAGGCCGGGCAGACAGUCGAAACUCUUCACUUCACUACAAACGAAAAAUUGUACCGAUGUGGUGUGAUUGUGAUAACUAAUGUACAAGUGUUUGAAAUAAUUAUGAACACAAGUGGCUUAUCGCCGAAAAAUUUUGCAAAUUAACUCAAAAAUUAACUGAGUACUGAACACUACCGCUUGUAUACAUAAAUAUAAAUAUCCGGCCGUAAAUAAUUUAUGUGAUAAUUUUGCACAUAUGAAUAUUUAUGUAUAUACAUACGUGUAUAUGUACAUAUGAACAAAAACAAUUGCAUUGCUUGGCACAGCCUUUGGACAUGUGAGUAGGUGACGUAUACGCAACGUGCGAUAGCCUAAACCUUUAUAUGAAUUAACACACCAACGUAUGUAUGCAACGCGCCGUUAUUAUCAACAGCAAAGCAAACUUUAAAAUAGGCCAAAGACCAGCCUUAAAAGCACAUCUACGAUUUAGAAACUUUUCUUACACCAGCAGCAACAAUAAAUUAGCUAAACUUGUGCAAGCAAAUUCAAAAUAAUAUGUAUUACCAUUAUUGAGGCAUCAAAUCAACUUGCAGUCAUUAAAAACGCCAGUUUGAAGUCACAGAAAGAACUUUAAUGAAAUAUUUCCAUACAUUAAUACAUGUAACAUUUGUAUGUACAUACAUAUGUAUGUAUGUAGCUGUUAGCGGAUAAUUUUGAAGUUGUUAAAAAAGCUCAAAACAGCUGCACCAGCAUUGACCACAAAUAAAUAAUAACCUACUGAGAACGCCACCGAGUAUAUUCUUUGCCAUAUGUUCUUUUCCAUACACAUACAUAUGUAUGUACGUAUCGAUGUAUAAAAACCAUUUCCAUUGACGUGUACUUUGUGCCAGUGGAGUUGUUAAAAAAUUGCAAAUUCAUCAAAAUAAUGCGAGAAUAACUCUUUUUUUUAUUUCUUUACCGAAUACUGCCGAAGAAAACCGCACAACUGAAGGUCAACAACAUUUCAAGCAUUGAUAUAUACCUAAACAUAUGUAAAUAGAUAUCUACAUAUAUACAUAAAGCAUGUGAAAAGCCACUAGUAACCAUAUUCAAUUAUCCGUGCAUCCAUACAUAUGUCCAAGCAUUUCCAUUCGCAUGGCUAUUUUUAAUUGACAACGACAGGAUAUUUUAGUUACUGCGUGUAAUUUAGCGCGUUCCAUUGUUGCUUGUUGCUUCUACGACAUUUUGAAGGAUUUAUAAAUAUUUACAUAACACAUAUUUACACCAUCAGCUUCAAUUUAUUCCCAUUCGUUCAAAGCCGACACAAUGAGUUACGAUGACGUCAUCAAAUAUUUGGGCGAUUUUGGCAAAUACCAAAAACAAAUUUAUUUUCUACUUUGCCUACCCGCUAUUUCAUGCGCUUUUCACAAGCUUGCUGGCGUGUUUCUUCUAGCACGCCCGGAAUUUCGCUGCGUCCUGCCAUUCGAGGACCUAUCAAAUGCGACUUAUGACUCAUUUCCACGGGAACAUUGGAAUCUUACUUAUCCUCAGGACCCAUUGACAGGUAAAUAUCAACAGUGUGAAUAUUAUAAUGUCAGUUAUACAAUGGACUAUUUGGAAACGGCUACAUCGCCGACCAAAAAUAAUGGCACUAUAAGAUGUACCAAUUAUGUGUACGAUCGCUCAAAGUACGAGAACAGCGCGGUUACCGAAUGGAACAUGGUGUGUGCUCGUGGCCUAUUGACCGCUACAAGCGAUAGCUUAUUUAUGGUUGGCGUUUUGCUGGGCAGUAUUGUAUUUGGCCAGAUGUCAGAUAAAUAUGGUCGUAAACCGAUUUUCUUCGCUUCCCUGGUUAUACAGGUAGUUUUCGGUGUAUUAGCUGGAAUCGCGCCCGAAUAUCUUACAUACACAGUGUCACGUAUGAUUGUGGGUGCAACAACAUCAGGCGUCUUUCUCGUAGCCUAUGUCAUUGCUAUGGAAAUGGUGGGUUCAUCGUAUCGUCUCUUCGCCGGUGUGACCGUUCAAAUGUUCUUCUCAGUGGGAUUCAUGGUAACAGCCGCUUUUGCUUAUUUUAUUCAAGAUUGGCGUUGGUUACAAAUAGCGCUAAGUCUACCAGGACUAUUAUUCAUGUGCUAUCAUUGGGUGAUACCGGAAUCGGCUAGAUGGCUGUUGUCGAAAGGCAGAAAAGAAGAGGCAAUUGUAAUUAUAGAGAAAGCUGCGCGUGUAAACCGCGUAACCAUACCAAGUGAUGUAUAUGACAAUUUAAUCGAUGAAUCAGCUGAGAAAAAGGAUGAAACUGCUUCCAAUGGCGAUAUAGGCAAGGGUCCAACUGUGUUCGAUCUCUUGAGAUAUCCGAAUUUGCGUAAGAAAACACUUGUAAUUCUCUUCGAUUGGUUUGUCAACAGCGGCGUAUACUAUGGUCUGUCGUGGAACACAAAUAAUCUUGGUGGUAAUGCCUUGGUAAAUUUUGUGAUAUCCGGAGCAGUUGAAAUUCCAGCCUACUCCUUCCUCCUAUUUACACUUAAUCGUUGGGGUCGCCGCACAAUUCUUUGUGGUUGCAUGCUCGUUGCAGGCAGUGCUCUACUUCUGACAAUAUUUGUGCCAGCCAAUGCAAACUGGCUUAUUAUACUGUUUGCCAUGAUAGGUAAACUGGCUAUAACCGCUUCCUAUGGCACCAUAUAUAUUUUCUCGGCUGAGCAAUUUCCCACAGUGGUGCGAAAUGUGGGUCUAGGAGCGGCGUCGAUGGUAGCUCGUAUUGGUGGUAUUUUGGCGCCAUAUUUAAAUUUACUUGGAGAAAUUUGGCGCCCUCUACCUCUGAUUAUAUGUGGUUCAUUGGCUUUCUUUGCUGGCUUACUGUCUUUAAUACUACCUGAGACGCUUAAUAAACCGAUGCCGGAAACAAUUGCUGAUGCAGAAGAAUUCGGAAAAAACAAACGAAACGAUGAGCUACUAGAAGGUGGUGCUGAGGAGUUAGCAAGAAUCGCCUCACAUGAAGAAGCGGAGAAGAGAGUAAAUGGAAAAUCUAUAUGAUAAUUUUUUUAUAUGUAUGUACAUACAAUGUAAUGAAAAGAAUCAAAAAAGGAAGUUUAAAAACGAAUCUUAUAAAUUGUAAGCAAUUUUCCUAUUAGCAAAUAGACAUAUUAAGGAAUUUAAAACGCUUUUGUAGUAUCGAUUCAUAAAAUGGCCUGCCGAUUAAAAUCCAACAUUCUUGUUUGUUGUACAUCAACAUUUUCCGUCACUAACAAUGUGCGAAAAGUGAAAAUCAAAUUUAAUACGAAGAUUAUACUAAAUUUCCUCCCAACGCCAGCAAUUUAAUAUUAAUUAAUAAUUAAAGGAUGGAAAUGUGCUUUGAAACGUCGCAUUUCCUCCCAGAGGAAAAUUACAAAAAUAUAAAUUCCAAUCAAUUUACUUAUUUGUAUAUUAAAAACAUAUUAAGAAAUAACAUUUUCUUUUAUAUCAUACUAUAAUUCAUUCACAAACAAAUUCAGAUCAUAACAACAAUUUGAUAGUAAUGAUAUUGAAAAAAACUGUAUACUUUUUAAAAAAAGGAUAUGCUAAUAAAAUCUUUUAUUGCACAAAUGUAUGAAAAAUUGCGAUAUAGUUAAGGAAUAGUAUUAUUUAAGCAAAAUCGGAUCUUACCACAGGGACUAUGUUAUCUAUCGGCAGAGCUUCCAACUUAUUUUUAUCAAUAUGCGUAGAGUAUACGUGUAAAUUAAAUAUAUGUACAUACAUAUCUGCGAAUGUAUUUUUAUAUAUUAUAUUUGAGUUUAUUCAUUUGUUCAAGCUACAAAGUUAGAGACAUCAAAAUAAAUGUAAGCGAAUUUUAUAUAACAAUAAA